CCUCUCACCGCGUAAUACCUUCACUCCGUCAUUUCCAACUUCCCCAACGCAAAUAUCACUCGAUCUACAUGUUAAUUAUUCAGUGAACAACUCGGGAUCAAUUUAUCAGCGUAUUGAUCCUGCUACCACCUUUCUACGCGUCUUUAACCGCAAGCGAAUUAUCCAUUCUUCAUCCGUAAUUAAUAUUAACUGAUCAAGCGAGUGCCAUGGACCGGUAGAGGAUCCAAAUCGGCUGUGUCAUGCUAAACAUCAAAAAUGAUGAGAAGGAUAGGCGCAAGACCACGAGUAUUUGCGGAAAUCCAGGGACCGGUGAUUCUAUUUUUUUUGACAUUGGGACCGAUUUUGGGUUCUGCCGGAAUUCUGGAUCCCUGGCAAUGGGCACGCAGUGACAGAAUUGAAGUCAACAUCCCUUGGCUACCAUUUGAGAAUGAAACGAGAUGCUACGAGGAUCUGGGCUGUUUAAAUAUCACCAGGAGUUGGUAUCACCUCAUUCAUCGGCCAUUAAAUGUCUUUCCACUUCCUCGGGAAGUCAUUAACACUCGAUUUAUACUUUACACCAAUGAAAAUCCGACCGAGGGGCAGGUGUUGAUUGUUGCUAAGGACAAGUCGAUAAAGCGCUCGAAUUUCGAUCCAAAGAGGAAGACUAAGUUUAUUAUUCAUGGAUUUAUUGACACACCAUUGAGUAAUUGGGUGAAGGAGAUGAGAAAUGAAUUACUUAAGCAUGGAGAUUAUAAUGUGAUUGUUGUUGAUUGGGCGGGUGGAAGUCUUCCUUUGUAUACUCAGGCCACUGCUAAUACCCGACUGGUAGGACUGGAGAUCGCCUAUCUCGUUAAACAUCUUCAGACUAAUUACGGGCUGGACACGAGUGAUGUGCACCUGAUCGGGCACAGCCUGGGGGCACACACGGCGGGUUAUGCCGGUGAAAAAUUGGAGGGACAAAUUGGCAGAAUCACGGGUCUUGAUCCAGCCGAGCCUUAUUUCCAAGGUAUGCCCAGUCAUCUCCGUUUAGAUUGGACUGAUGCACAACUGGUCGACGUCAUCCACACCGAUGGCAAGAGCAUCUUCUUCCUAGGGCUUCCAGGGUACGGCAUGAGCCAGCCGUGUGGUCACCUAGACUUUUACCCAAAUAACGGUAAGGAACAACCCGGUUGUACAGAUCUGAGUGAAACAACACCAUCUUUGCCGUUGACUCUGAUUCGCGAGGGUCUUGAAGAGGCGUCGCGUGUUCUCGUUGCGUGCAAUCACGUUAGAGCCAUCAAGCUCUUCAUCGAGAGCAUCAACUCAAAGUGUCAGUAUGUGGCACACGAGUGCACGGAUUACGCACGCUUCCUCAGGGGGGAGUGUUUUUCUUGCAAAAGCAACAGCAGUUUGAGCUGUGGAAUCAUGGGGUAUCACGCUGACAGCAGUCCGGCUUUGGUCAAGAGAAUUUCUAUGGGUCAGGACGCGUCCGCUUUACUCGGCUCCAAGUUCUUUUUCUCAACGGGAAAGGAGGAUCCGUACUGCCGGAGACAUUAUCGAAUAACCAUUAAUCUUGCCCGCCCCCCCACAGCCGAGAGCUGGGUUCAAGGAUUCAUGAAGGUAACUCUUCAUGCUGACAAUGGUGUCAUCAGAAAUAUGGAUUUAACACCGAAUGGAUACAUGAAACUAGAGCAUGGGACAACUCGGAGAAUAGUUGUAGCUCACCCAGGAGGAGCUGCGAAUGAUCUUGGGAAAAUUCGGAGGGUAGAAUUGUCUUGGGCGUACGACAUGGACGUACUGCAGCCUAGGUCCCUCUGUUUCUUCUGGUGCAACGACAAACUGUACGUCGACAAUAUCGUCGUUGAUAUGAUGGAGCUUCCAGGAAGAGGAAAACGUGAGGCAGACUUCUCAAGCAAGCUCUGCUCAGCCUCGCGGCAAGAUUACGCGGAGAUAAACAGUGGCUCGAGUGCAUCUUUCGUUGAUAAUUGUUGAUUACAACGUGAAAUCAUCUGGUCAGAAGCCUCCGGAGAUGAUCCAGCUGUUGGGCCAGCUGGGAACGCCUCGAUUACUGGCAAUUUUUGAGGCUAAUCAAUCAUCUUCAUUAAUCGUUUGAUUCUCAGAAGAUAGUUAGACAGUCUUCCUCCGAAGAAGUACGUCAAUUUCAACAAUAGCCAUGAGAAGUAAUGAUUUACGGAUUCGGUGCACUAGUCAUGUGUUCCGGGCUCAUAUCAAUGUGUGUCGUGUGUGAUACGAGAUGUCAAUAAGCGGUGAUUCGUUGCAGAAGAUUAAAGCAGAACGCGCGGAAAAAUUCAUCGAAAUAAUACGCGUGAGUCUAGUGGCUUUUCAAUUAGAACAAUUCCAAUCAAAUCCGAUAGAUUUGCCUAAUGAAUUCACUAGAUUUUUCUAUUCAAUUUUCUCAUACGUGGGUCGUAAUUGUUGAUACGUAUACGCUUCAUUAUUAUUAGUAAUUAGCUAUUUGUAUAAUUUUCUCAUUGUUUUUUCUUCCUGUUCCCAUUGGACUGUAGUACAUUACUGCGUAUUAUCUCGUACAGUAGAAAAACCUUUAACCCUUGUGAUAUUUUUUUUGUUUACAAUAGUUUAAUGCUCCCCAAAGUGAGAAGUGAAUGCAGUGAGUUUGAAUUUUGUAUUUUUAAGUUUUGUA